GGACACAUCACCAAAGUGUUUGGACACAAUUAUUUCUCUCUUGUUUUUCUGAAUAUGAAUAUGGAGGGUGGAAAGAAGUUAGCAAUGGGAGGGGAUGAGUUGUUAGAAGCUCAAUCCCACAUAUGGAAUCACAUCUUCAACUUCAUAAACUCAAUGUCUCUCAAAUGUGCAAUCGAACUUGGAAUUCCAGACGCCAUCCAUAGCCAUGGACCCAAUCCUAUGCCCCUCUCUCUUCUUGUUUCAUCUCUCCAACUUCAUCCUAAUAAAACCCAAUUCAUAUACCGUUUGAUGCGUUUAUUAACUCACUCUGGCUUCUUUGUUCUAAAAGAAGAAGGAUAUGUUUUGACUAAUUCAUCUCACCUUCUUCUUAAAGACAAUCCUUGCACCCUAUCGCCUUUCAUACUUUCCAUGCUCGAAUCAGCCUUCGUAGAGCCAUCGCACUUUCUCUCAGCCUGGUUCCGAACUGACGACCAGACACCAUUUGAGACUGCUCACGGGAUGUCGUUCUGGGAGUUCGUGGGGAAUAAGCAGAAAGAUGGUGAUAUUUUUAAUGCAGGGAUGGCUAGUGAUGCGAGGUUGGUGAUGAGUGUGUUAAUAGGAAAACAUAAAAGUGUUUUUGAAGGAGUUGAAUCGUUGGUUGAUGUUGGUGGUGGGACUGGAACUAUGACCAAAGCCAUUGCAAAAGCUUUUCAACAAAUUGAAUGCACUGUGCUUGAUCUUCCCCAAGUUGUGGCUGAAUUGAAAUCUGAUAUACCAAACUUUAAGUACGUUGAAGGGGAUAUGUUUGAUGCUAUUCCUCCAGCUGAUGCUCUUCUAUUGAAGUGGAUAUUACAUGAUUGGAGUGAUGAAGAAUGCGUGAAGAUAUUGAAGAAGUGUAAAGAAGCAAUCACAAGCAAUGGUAACAAAGGGAAAGUGAUGGUAAUUGAUUUGGUGUUAUUCAAUAAGAAAAACGAUCAAGACUCAAUUGAGACACAACUAUUCCACGACAUGUUGAUGAUGGUUGUAACAGGAGGAAAAGAAAGAGAGGAAAAAGAGUGGGCUAAAUUGAUUAAAGAAGCUGGAUUUAGUGCCUACAAAAUCUUCCCUAUUUUAGGCUUAAGGUCUCUUAUAGAAAUUUACCCAUGAAAUAAUCAACUAAUUCUCUCCUUUUUUUUAAUAAGUUCACAUACCAACAACACACACAUGAGUUGAAUUUCAACCUUUUAAUCUUAUUGUGUGUUUGAAUAAAGUAUUUGUGUGUCAA